CCUCCUGCCUCUACCUGAGAGACUCCACGUCACCGGGCUCACCUGUGCUCACAGGUAGCACAGCGCUGUUUAGGAGAACAACGGCCGGGUAAAGACGAGCAGGAUCGGAGGAGGAACUUCUUUUUUGUCUUUUUUGAGCCGCUAUGGCGGAGUCUCAGCUGCUGUGCUUGGACGACGAGCACGUCAACGAGAAGAUCCCGGAGUCCCGGCCGCAGUUUUACUACAGCGAGGAGCAGCGAGCCGCUCUGGAGCAGCUGCUGAGGAACGGAGACGGAGCCUUCAAGAUGCGGCUGCAGGAGGACAACACCAAGGACUUUCUCUCCGCCAGGGAAAUUAAAUACAUGCGGAAAAUGUUUCAGGAGUACGACACGGACAGUGACUCUGAAACCGGCGACAAUGAGAAGUCCAAAGGGUCCUCUAGCGCGGACUCCGGGGUCCACUCCACCUACUGGCCCCAGAUGUCCGACACCGAGGCCCCGUCUUUGGACAUCGGCUGGUCGGGCAGGAGCGGCGUCUACAAGGGGGUGACCCGGGUGUCAGUGUACACCGAGCCGCCCAAAGACCACGGCCCGCACAUCAAGGAGGUGGUGAGGAGGCUCAUACAGGAAUCAUACAGGGUGGUGGCCAUAGUCAUGGACCUCCUGACGGACCUGCAGAUCCUCCAGGACCUGCUUGAUGUCUCGUCACGACGCGGGGUGGCCGUCUAUGCUGUGCUGGAGGCCAGUGGAGUGCCCCACUUCCUGGAUAUGUGCAGUCGGCUCCAGAUAAACGCAGUGCAUCUGCGGAAUCUGCGUGUGCGGAUGGUGAGAGGUGCGGGGCUGGCCCUGUCGUUUGGCAAGCUGCCAGGCUCCCUGUGCUCCAAAUACAUGCUGGUGGAUGGAGAAAAAGUCAUGUUUGGGUCUUACAGCUUUACCUGGAGUUCCUCUCGGAUGGACAGGAACAUGAUCACCGUGAUGUCGGGGCAAACCGUGGACUUCUUCGACAACGACUUCAGGGAGCUGUACGCCGUGUCUGAACAGGUGGACCUCUACGGGGAAUUCAACAUCACCAAGCCGCCUAUUCCUGCGCCCAUCAGGAAGCCAAAAGUGGAGCCAAUCCUACCUCUGCCCGUCUCCACAUCUCGCUUUCAAGUGUCCGUUGGGGACUCCAGGCAGGUCGACAUGAAGGUACCUGCUUAUAAAUACCACAAUCCGAAGUACUCUUUAGUUUUUGGGAACAGUAAGGGUCUAACAUGCUCCCUACAAGACCUGUCGACCUGUCAUAUUGAUAACUCGCUGGCGGGUGGGCUGAGCCAGAGGAACGGCCUGCAGAGCAACUUCAUUCACAAGGACAAAGGGGAAAAGGUGGAGCUAGACCGCCCGCAGAGUCCAGGGGAGGAGGAUGAGGAUGAAAAGGGAGGCUUGAAGAAGAUUCAGCCGGGCAGUUUAAAGAAACGCAGCUCCUUUAGGAACUUCUUGAAAGGCAGAGGAGCCAAUCACAGCACAGAUAUUAUAGAGGAAGGCGUAGUCACUCCGCAGAAGCCCCCGCCUCCUCCUUGUAAAGUGUCAGAGACCAAUGGCGUCGCAGUAAAUGAGGUGGAGGACUCGUUUGAGAUCAUUGAGAAACCAAGUCCGCUGAAAUCGAAGAUCAAGAAGCCUUCAAAGGUCAUUCAGAGGAGUUUAUCUCUGCAGACCCUCAACACAGCAGACGAAGACGGAUUCAAAAGCCGCCGGCGGCAUCAAAAGAAGAACUGCAUACAGUCAUGAGAUCAAAAAAACACAAAGAGCACGGUCUGUCAUUGGAGUUAAAAAAAGAGCAUCUGAGGAUCUGUUGGUUAAACAUGCUGCAACAGCUCAGUUCACAAUGUCACGUUUCUGCAUCCACUUUAAACGAGUGCAGCCUGUUACUACUGCGGUCGUCUGGGUGAAAGUCCUGUUGUAGUUUAACCAAUCACAUGAGGAAAAAGUCCAGAACAUCUCAUCGUUGUAGCCAAAGUGCAUCAGCAAAGGAAAACAUUGCCAUUAUGUUGUUUUUAUAUGUUUUCUAAAUUAAAUUAUUCUCCAGUUAA